UUCCGCCUCUUUCAGGGCAAACUGGUGAAGUACUUUAGCCGUCAGCUGUCUUUCAAGCGACAGGUGGCGCUGCGGGACCGCAGUGCUGAGCUGGACGGCUUCCCUCACCUGGCCCACUGGUGCCGCAUUGUUGACAUGAGGAAGGAGGUGAUCGAGGAGAUCGGCCCGUGCCAGCUUACCCUGGAGGCGCUGCUGGACAUGAGCGACGAGCAGGUGUGUGAGACUGUGCAGAAGCUGGGCGCCAGCCCCGAGGAGUGCGCUCGCCUCAACGCCUCGCUGUCCUGCCUGCGCAGCGUCCACCAAUCAGAACAACUGGAGGACGACAAGCUGCACGAUAAUGGAGAAAGUGGCCCGGCCAAGCAAGACUGGGCGAUCCAGUGGCCCGCGUCCGAGUCGGGGAAGGAGAACGCGCCCGCCUGCCCGCAGGAGCCCAGCCAGUGGAUGCGUUUCCAGCUCUCCCAGAGCCCCAAGGUCCAGUCCAAAUACAGCCAGCCGUUCAGCCCCAGCCCGCAGACCCUGGCGCCCUCCUACAGCCACGUGGAUCGGCUGACGGUGGAGGCGCAUGCGGCGCUCUUCCCCGUGCUGGACACCGGCCAUCGCUCUCUGCCUCCCUCGCCGCGCCAGCGACACUUCCCCCACACGCCCCCGAGGACGCCCCUGGUGGUGCACACCAUGACGCCCCCCGGUACGCCGCCUGCCAGGAGGAGAAACAAGGGCAAGGCCCCCGGCACGCCCCCGCCCUCCACCCGCAAGCUCAUCCACCUCCUGCCCGGCUUCACCGCGCUGCACCGCAGCAAGUCGCACGAGUUCCAGCUGGGCAACCGCAUGGAAGACGUCCAGACGCCCAAAGCAAAGAAGAAGAACAAGCCCUUGAACCUGAAGAUUCAGAGCACGGUGGGGAGCUGCGAGAACAUCCCCUCGCAGCGCUCGCCCCUCCACACCGAGCGCACGCUUCGCUCCUUCUUCUUCCCCUCGUUCCUCCCGUCUACGCCCCCCGUUCACAGUGACACCACUUUCUCUGCAAACUUCAACAAAGGUGAACCCUACAGCCCAAUGGCACACCUGAAUCCCGAAGCUCACAGCGUGAGAUUUUCAACCAAGUACUGGAUGUCUCAAACAUGCGUAGUGUGUGGAAAAGGAAUGUUGUUUGGACUUAAGUGUAAAAACUGCAAGUUGAAGUGCCACAACAAGUGCACCAAAGAAGCUCCGCCUUGUCACUUACUGAUCAUCCACCGUGGAGAUCACCAAGGAACGACCCAAGCUCGCUUGGUCAGGACUGAGUCUGUACCGUGCGAUAUCAACAACCCUCUCAGGUACACAGAUUUGCACAUCAGUCAGACGCUCCCCAAGACCAAUAAGAUCAACAAGGAUCACAUUCCCGUUCCUUACCAGCCAGACUCCAGCAGUAACCCCUCAUCUACGACUUCCUCCACGCCCUCGUCCCCAGCACCACCUCUUCCUCCCAGUGCCACGCCCCCCUCACCCUUACACCCGUCCCCCCAGUGCACAAGGCAACAGAAACAAUUUAACUUGACAGCCUCUCAUUACUUCAAAUAUAAGCAGCAGUUCAUCUUUCCAGACGUCACACCCGAGGUGCCAAACCGAGCUCCACAAGUCGUCCUGCAUCCUGUUCUCUCUGAACCAGGUAAUGAAGGAAACCCCCUCCUGAAAAUUGAAGUGGAACUUACUUCCGAGAACGAGGAGGGGAACGACGAGGCGGAGGUGUCGGAGGACGAGUUCGAGGAGAUGAACCUCUCACUCCUGUCGGCGCGAAACUUCCCACGCAAGGCCAGCCAGACCAGCAUCUUCCUGCAGGAGUGGGAUAUCCCGUUCGAGCAGCUGGAGGUCGGCGAGCUCAUCGGAAAGGGCCGCUUCGGCCAGGUGUUUCACGGCCGCUGGCACGGCGAGGUGGCCAUCCGGCUCAUCGACAUCGAGCGCGACAACGAGGACCAGCUGAAGGCCUUCAAGCGGGAGGUGAUGGCGUACCGCAACACGCGGCACGAGAAUGUGGUGCUGUUCAUGGGUGCCUGCAUGAGCCCCCCGCACCUGGCCAUCAUCACCAGCUUAUGUAAAGGAAGGACACUUUACUCCGUAGUAAGGGAUGCAAAGGUGGUCCUUGAUGUCAAUAAAACCCGACAGAUUGCGCAGGAAAUGGUGAAGGGGAUGGGAUACCUCCAUGCCAAAGGGAUUCUACACAAGGACAUGAAGUCUAAGAAUGUUUUCUACGACAACGGCAAAGUUGUCAUAACCGACUUCGGCCUCUUCACCAUUUCGGGAGUGCUCCAAGCCGGCAGCAGGCGGGAGGACAAACUGCGGAUUCCCAGCGGGUGGCUGUGUCACCUGGCCCCCGAAAUUAUCCGCCAGCUCUCACCUGAUACAGAGGAGGACAAGCUCCCUUUCUCCAAGCAGUCUGACGUGUUUGCCUUCGGCACGAUCUGGUAUGAACUGCACGCACGUGAGUGGCCUUUCAAGAACCAGCCAGCAGAGGCGAUCAUAUGGCAAGUGGGCAGUGGGAUGAAGCCCAAUCUUAGCCAGAUUGGCAUGGGCAAGGAGAUCUCGGAUAUUCUGCUUUUUUGCUGGGCUUUCAAGCAAGAGGAGAGACCGAGCUUCUCUAAACUGGUGGAUCUGCUGGAAAAAUUGCCAAAACGGAACCGUCGUCUUUCCCAUCCGGGGCACUUCUGGAAGUCAGCUGAGUAUGUCAAAUGAGUUAAGAACAAAUCAAAACAGAACCAGACAAAAAACCCAUCCUCCCCCCUUUUGAGUGCACUGAGAAAUGCCAGCCAUAGCUCAAACUGUAUUGACUGUGACCCCCCCCACCCCCACAGAUUGUCUGUGCACUUGGUGUGUAACUUAUUAAUAGUUCCAAAAGACUUCUUGACAUUGUCAGAACUCAUUUAUUUUUUGUUGUUUGGGGCAUUGAUUUAAUUCCAUUAUUUAACUGACCAGUUUCCUUCUCACGUUGUCUUCUUGGUUUAUCUAUUGUUUGCAUAUUUAUUUAUUUAUUUGUUUAUUCUUUAAUGUUAUAACAAUGAUGACUUUUUGUGUCAUGAAUCACGUCAUAAUGUAUUUUACUGCAUUUUUAUGAACAAAAUGCACAGCUGAGUGUGUUUUCCCCCUUUUUGUUUUGAUUUUGUACGAAAAUGUAGUUUUUAGCGUGAAAGUCAUUGUUUUACAACAAUGUACAAUGUACUUCUGUCUCAAGUUGCCAUUUCUCCUGUUUUCCUGUGUCUCUCUUUUGCCACGCCGUUGCCAUUCACCCAUCUGUGGAUGUUUGUUCGUCUUGUGUGUGUUAAAAUCAAACCGCAUUACCCCUGCAAGGAGAUGCCCAGAGACUCAACCCUCCAUUCUCUGUCUGAAGAAAUCUACCCUGCCAUAUAUAGGAGUAGGUGGUAAUUUUCUGGGUAAUUGUAGUUUUCAUGUUACUUGAACACUGGGUUGUUGUCUCACUGACAACUCAGAAAUAAACAAAGGCAGAUAAUCUACCUACUGUGGAGCACAGCAGUCGGCAGAAGUCAAUCACCAUGAUUUGACACUUGAGAUCUAUCGCAUUAACCAUGAAAAAACCACUAAAUCACUUUCGCACGAUGCCGAUAUCGACGCCGGUGGGAGAGAGAAGCGGGUGUUUGGCACGUUUGUUUGCCUGGGCGGAUUUAAUUACAUAUUUGCUGUUUGUUCAAUUUUUUUUUCAGUUCUUAUCACAUGUUCACUUGUUUACAAAACAUAGAGGGCAAUCACAUAUCUACAAUCGUGCUGAAAACUAAUGCCGAUUCUGUAUGAUGCACGUCCAAAUUGGAUGCAUCUAGAUCCAGAUUCCAGGACAUCACCUCUCUCUGACUGUUGCAUGCUCUGAACGUACGUACAUAUAAAUAAAUAUAUAUAUACAUAUAUAAAUAUAUAAAUAUUAAUAAAUAUUGAAUAAAAGACUAUAUCUGUCCAUUUUUGUAUUAAAUGUAAGUCUGGGAACACUCUCAACGUCUGAGUUUGACUGAAUGAGUCAUGUCAUAGCUGUCAGACUCGUGAGGAGUGUAAAAUCUGUCAGGACUUUCCUUAAGCCUGAGCCACGUGAAAUACAGGUAGACAAUCCAUGAUGUACAGAACCAUUUCUACUUCUGACGUGUAUGCUGGCAUUGAGUAUGGACACAGAUGUUUUUCCACCUCUUCAGAGCACAUUGAUCUGUUUUGGAACUAAUAGAAUUCACACGUCGUAAGUGGAUCAUGUAUAUUUUUUAAGCGUAUCCGGAGAUCGGAACCUUACAUGCACGCGGCAACUUAAUCGAUUUACGUGGGGGGGAGAGACCCUUCAUUUCUUACAUAGUGACUUAUUUUGAGAAUAAACGAAUAUGAGAUUGUGCUGGCCGUGCUGGAGUAUUUUCUGACGGAGUUAAAACUGCCAGCGAGAAAUUGGGUCAUUCUGUCACUGCGAGCUUUGUUAAAAAAAAACAAAUGAAUAAAAUAUAUAAACAAAAAAUAGAUGUCUAAAAGAAUGAUCACAGUGCUAUGUUUGUAUGAUGCUUGAAGCAUCACAAACUGUCUUGGCGCUGGCUUGGGGGACACCAUUCCGCUGAAACCCAGCCAGGGUGAGCCCAGCACCUAUGUCAGUGUCAUGCAUAUUUAAUCAGCAGAAAGAAGCUUUCCAGCCUCCCAUAUUUCCAUGUGCGUUGGUGUCUAUGGUUUCCCUCCCCGUUUCCGAAUGUUUACGUUGUGAUUUUCCUGUGUUUGGUUCACUUUCUUCCUCCUUUUUUAACUGAAACUGUUUUCUGAUAUUUCAUCUUCAUUGUGUGCUGAUUGUUUUUUUUUCCCUUCGUUAUCCAGUCCUGUACUGUAAUGUGUAGCUCAAAAGCAUGUCUUUUUACUGCUGACCUUUGGUUCAUGGCUUUAUGUCUGGUGGAUUUAUUAUAAAAGCUCUCUGUUUGCACUCAUUCUUUACAAGUGUAUGACAAUAAAAAAAUGCUUUCAUUUUGGA